UGUGGAUUAACACUCAACUCUCCACACACACACUCCACACACACACACGCACAUCCACACACACACUUUGGACAGAGAGACGGACAGACCAAAUCGCAUUCCCUUCUCUACUCCUCUUCUGCAGAGCACAGAUCAUCAUGAGUAUCCUGGCGUGGUGUGUACUGAGCUGUUUUGGCGUGCUGACAUCAGCAAGACCCCGAAUUGAUACAGCCAAAACCACAUCACACAGUGUGGAAGCUCUGAGUGGAAGCAGAGGAGCUGAUGCGAGCGUGACCAAUCAGAGCCCAGGAGACAUGCUGCCAUUGGUCAGAGCACAGGACAUCAGAGACACACUCCUCAGCACCCGCACCAGUGGCCCGAUGCUGAGGCGACGUGUGCGUGUGCGUGUGCGUCGCUCUAAGGGGGCGGUGAGUCAGUCCCGUGGGGGCGGCUGCUCUCUGGGCACCUGCACGGUGCACGACCUGGCCCAUCGCCUCAACCAGCUCAACAACCGCCUCAAGAUCACGCAGGCGCCGCUCGACAAGAUCUCCCCACAGGGCUACGGACGCCGCCGCCGCCGCCGCGACCUCAACACACACACACACACACACACACACACACACACACCGCAGCGCAGCCGCCGCGCUCUCCCCACACACACACUUACACUGCGCAGGAGGGGUCUGCGUCUACAACCUGUCUGGACCAGCACACUCACACACACCUGAGUUACACACACACACACACACACACACACACAUAGGGCAGGACCCAUAGGACUACAAGCUGUACCCGCCAGUCACCAACAGACAGCUUCAACAGCUGGAGAGAGAGAGAGAUGGAGAGAGAGAGAGAGAAGGAGGUGAAAAAAGAGACGCCAGCUACCCUCGUCAGUCUGACGUGAAGAAGAGGAGGAACAGAGUUUUUUUUCUCUCUCUCUGUCAAAAACAGCAGCUGAGCCAUCUCAAAGAGACUGGGAGAGAGAGAGAGAGAGAGAGAGAGAGAAGACAGAGAGAGAAAGAGA